AUGAUUACAAUUAUAUUUACAUUCAUUUAUUUCAUAUAUAGAUGUGUUUCACGUGUAAAUGAUAUUAAUCAGUUAUUAGACACGUCAAAAUUAGAUACAACCAAGAAUUUUCCAAAUUUAAUUGAACCAAUUUCGAAGAAUAAAAUUUAUGGCGUCUCAUUAGGCGGUUGGCUAGUUAGCGAACCCUGGAUCACACCUGAGCUAUAUGAAAACAUAACUGACGAGUUUGGAAAUAUACCGCUUGAUGAAUAUAGUCUUUGUUUGAAAUUAGGAAAAGAUAAAUCAGAAACAUAUUUAAAUAACCAUUAUUCAACCUUUAUUAAAGAAUCAGAUUUUGAAACAAUUUCAAAAAUGAACCUAAAUUUAAUUAGAAUACCUAUUGGAUAUUGGGCUUUUGGGUUAUUAAAAGAUGAUCCAUAUAUUAAAGGAAUACAAGAAAAGUAUUUAGAUUUAGCCAUUGAAUGGAGUAAGAAAUAUAAUUUAAAAAUUCAAAUUGGUUUGCAUGCAAUGCCAGAAUCACAAAAUGGAUUUGAUAAUUCAGGUAAAACUACAGAUAAUCCAAAAUGGUUAUCAAACCGAAAGAAUGUGAGAUUAUCAUACAAAAUAAUUGAUUAUGUUUUAUUAAAGUAUGGAAAUAAUUCAAACGUACAUUCAAUUCAAGUUGUAAAUGAACCAUUGGGGAUAAAAAUAAAUCAAAAAAGACUAAUUAAAUUUUAUUCUGAUAUGAUUGAGAAGUUUGUAAACCUAAAAUUAUCUGCUAAGUUGGUAUUUCAUGAUGCGUUUUAUAAUAUGGAAUCAUUUGAAAAUUUUUAUCCAAAUACUUAUAUUUUAGAUCAUCAUUUAUACGAAAUAUUCACCGAUUGGCAAAUUAAUUCUAAUUUACAAGAACAUUUAAAUCAUGUGGAUGUAAAUGGUGAAAGUUUGAGUAAAACUGGUCAAUAUUCAAUUGUUGGGGAAUUUUCAGGUGCUUUAACUGAUUGUACAAAAUAUAUAAAUGGAGUUGGUAAAGGAUCAAGGUGGGAUGGAACAUUUUAUAAUCAAGUACAUCCAGAAAGAACAUGCAAAGAUAAUGAUGAAUUAAUGAAAAAUGAUAUAAAACUUUUUUUAAGAAAACAAUUCUACACAUAUGAAGAAAAAGGUAAUGGUUGGAUUUUCUGGACCUAUAAGACAAAUAAUAAAAAUAAUUCAUUAGGCUGGGAUUUUAAAAGACUAUAUGAAAAUGAUAUGUUACCUGAUCCAUUGAUGAGAUAUAAUAAUAAGAUUAAAAGAGAUGAUGAACAUGAUGAAGUAGAACAUAGAAAAACAUUAAAAAAAGUAGAAGAUGUCUUUGAUAUUGAUUAUGAUUUGGGUAUAAGAAAGACCAUUAAAUUGUCUAAAUCAGGAGGGAAUGCAAUUAAGUCCACAGCGUUAAUUGUACUUGUAGAUUGUUAUAUUUGUAUAUUUUUGGUAAUAAUUUUUGCAAUUUUCUUCAUAAAUUAUCUAACAUUUUAA